AUGAACACCAAACCACCCCUGCAAGUUCCUAACUUAAUUGGUAGUGGAUCUUCAUCUCGACCGCAGAGCCCUUCGCUAUGCUUUUCGACUACAUCAUCCAAGAUAGAUAAAAAUGAAAACGUCACCCUCUGCGGAUGCCAACAAGCACCGAAAUCGCAGUGUGCGUCAGCGCUGGGAGUCUUAGUGCUUGUCUUAGCUUACACAGCCCUCGGAUCGGUCCUGUUUGUUACUCUAGAAGGGGAAGGUGACGAUGGAGAUAUUAUUGAAACCUCAGUCGCGGCAUCCAAACCAUAUCCUAGGCAUGAUUUAGUUAGUGCUGAAAUGCGUCUCAAGACUGUCGAUCGGUUAUGGUCCAUUACGGAGGAUUUAAAUAUACUAUAUAAAGAAAAUUGGACCCGGUUGGCUGCCCAAGAAGUGCUACAUUUUCAGGACACGAUACUUAGAGCAGUUCGAACAUCCCGUAAUCAACAAGUAACCAAUGUACAACAAAAUUCUCGGCCCUACAAAUGGACGUUUGCGUCUGCUUUUCUUUAUUCCUUGACAUUGAUCACAACGAUAGGUUUCAGCGGCAUUUCACCACGCACACAAUGGGGCAGAGUUGCAGCAUUGAUUUAUGCUCUCUUUGGAAUACCAAUCAUACUUCUGUAUCUCUCCGCCAUUGGCGAGGGCUUAUCGAGCGGCAUGCGCUGUUUAUUUCGACGAAUACGCCCGACUCGUUCCUCUCCGGGAAGUACGAAUAACAGCAACAGCAGUAGCUCAAGCAUAGGCAGCGUCAGCGUUCCUAUGAGCAGCAAGGCAACGAUGGCAGAGUUGCAGAAACGGCAGCAGCAAAGUUACCAUCAAACCUGGAACCACGGUGGCACAACGAUUCAUGAUCCUUGCGCGUACGCCCUCAACGCACAUGGCUUGCGUAGCAAUAUAUCCGGCAAUAGUAAGCAACACGCUCAAUCGGUUGUACCAAUAUCGAUCUGCAUUAUGAUAUUGAUCUGUUACAUUACGCUUGGAGCUGUUCUGUUUCACAAAUUGCAACCGUGGGGUGUUCUUGAGAGUCUGUACUUCUGCUUUACGUCCCUCGGCACCAUCGGUUUCGGAGACCUGAUGCCAAAGGGCACCGUUGCACAGUACGCCGCAUCAGCGUACAUUAUCAUCGGCAUGGCCGUGGUUGCGAUGUGCUUUAGCCUCAUCCAAACGGAGCUUAUAAUCUGGCUCAAGAAAUUCACCAUACCUGAAUCGCUGCCCUCAUCCACAGAGGAUGUUGCCCUCGUUUCAGUGACCAUGACACCAAUAAAAUCCUGA